UUUGACAGUUAGUUAUGAGCGUGCCGUGGAAAAACGUGUAUCGGAAAACAUAUGGAAAUAAAACCUUUAAUUAAUGUAAAUCCGUGUCGUAUAUUACAUUGGCGACGAGUAGUGUAUCGUUACACGCGUGUUCGGGUACUUAAAGAGCCGGAGACAUGGCGCAAGGGCCAGUAUUUCGGAAUUUCGACUGUGGCAGUGAGGAAUGGGAGCUGUAUAAGGAGCAGCUGGAGCAGUAUUUUGCUGCAAACAAAGUGGAUCCGGAUAUGAAAAAAGCGGUUUUGAUAAACCAAUGUGAAGCCAAAACUUAUAAACUGCUCCGGGAUUUGUGCACACCAGACGCUCCAGCCUCUAGGACGUAUGAUCAGCUGUGCGAAUUGUUAUCGAAGCAUUUCACACCGCCAGUUGUAAUUCAUAAGGAACGCCGUGGCUUCGUGAGAGCAAAAAGAGAGGAGGGUGAAUCACUGAAUGCUUGGGCGGCUCGCCUCAAGAACUUAGCCUCGAACUGCAAGAUGGGAAAUCAUCUUCAGCACAGUUUGCUGAUGAAAUUUGUUGACGGAUUGGACGGGAAAGCGUACGAUCGCAUAUGCGAAGAAGACGAAUCCCUAACAUUUGAGCGGGCGUACGAGAUAGCAGUUAAAUAUGAGCCGGAUUCGAUCAAAGUAGCAGGAAUUUUUCAAAUCGAUCAGAAUAAACAGGGAGCAAACCGUCGACAGACUACCGGAAAUCGAGGACAACCGAUGGGCAGAUGCUUAGCUUGCAACAGGCAAGGUCACUACAAACGGGAUUGUCGUUUCAAGGAAUAUGUCUGCAAGAAGUGUAACAAACGAGGUCACUUACAGGCGGCCUGUUCGUACCAGCGGAAUUUCUACGUAAGAGAGCAAGAUGAGCAGCAAAUGGAGGAAGCAGAGGAUGAGGUGACCUUGCAGCAAAAUUUCAUCAAUUUCAGUAUUUGAAGUGCUAUAAGCAGAUGUAAGCAAUUAAACUACAAUUAUCUUAUGAUCUUAUUGCUAUCCAUGGUAACAUAGAAUUAGUGCGGGGAUGUGAUAUAUGUUAUGUUCAUCCGACAACCCC